GAGCUUUGGGAAUGGGAAAACUGGUGCUGAGCAUUGGGAAAGUAUUUUCAUGUUUCAUAAAUACAACAGAUUCUUCUUCCACUUCCUGCUGCUUAUACAGAUUUGAAAUUGAAGACAGUAAUAAUUUUGAUCAGAAACAGCCAUUAAUGGCCAAACAAACGACAUCAACAACUCAUGAUCUUCUAGGAUUCAAGGAUGUGAUUACUCAUCAAAACAAAACUCUGCGGCCUCUUCAGUUCAACCCCAAGGUAGUGAUGGUGAGGGUGUCAAUGCAUUGCAAUGGGUGUGCCAGAAGGGUUGAGAAACUCAUAUCCAAGAUACAAGGCGUGGAAUCGUGGAAGGUAGAUAUGGAAAGGGAGAGAGUGGUUGUUACCGGAGAUGUUUUUCCUUUUGAAGUUAUGGAAUGUAUUUCUAAAGUGAAGAGUGUAGAGAUUUUGGAGUCUCAGGAUUGAAUAUCUCAAAAGUUUUUUUUUUUUUUUUUUUUUGCAAACUCCACACAUUCGGGUUCAACAUGACAACGAUUACGUUUUUCCUUUUUCUUCUAAUGAUGCCAAGAAGUUCUUGAAAGAAAAAAAAUCAAAAUUUCUAUCACCGAUCUACAAAUGUAUUAGUCUGUGAGAGAUUGAGAGUUACAU